AUGAUUAUGCUUUCUCAUCCUAAUUCACCACCUAUGCCUGGCAGUAUCGACGACCGCGAGAAUAGGGAAUUAAUCAACAUUCACCUCUCACUCUCACCAAAACGCUCUUACGACAACGACGGGCUUGCCCUCCUCGAUGCAAAGAGGCGUCAUCUUCAAGCGCAGGGAGAUUCCUAUAGACGGCGACCUUUUGAUCGCCUCCCCGCAGCGCUGUUCAAUGUUAGAGACCGCGACUCACUCCCAUCUCAACCGACGGGUCCACGCUCUGCAUCUGUUGACUCUAGCCGCGUCAUCGAUAAGCAGCACGAGAGUCCUGCAGCACACGAGACGAAAAGAUGGGAUGGACAUGCCUCUACAACGUGGCUAGUCUCGUCUAAUCGAGAUGUCAGACCGCCUGUCAUGCGUCCUCGCCGUCACUCGUCUGCUGGAAGCGACGCGUGGACUCCGUGGUUGCCCGCGGAUCGGUACAGAGUUGCUGCUGCUUCUCAGAAGCCCUCUCCCCCGAAAGCUGCUGAGCGUCUCGUCCUCAAGACCCGUUCCAAUUCGCCGCCCAAGGUCAACCUUCCUCCCAGCGACCUCUGGCGUGCGAACGAUGCUCGUGCACCUUCUGGUGCUAGCUACCUUGUACGAUCGCAGACUGCACCUGUCGUUCGGAAUGUAGACCAUUUGCAUCAUGGCACAGCUUCGCCACCUGGCCUGCAGCCUCGUCGCUCCCCUCCUGCGAGGCGUUCGUCUUGGCAUGGGCAGUCGAACGAGGGCUCCUUAUCCCUAUUCCUGACGAGCGACAGCUCCCCUGUUGAGAACCCCAGCGCUCCGAAAGCUCUAGCCCCGAUAGGGUCAGAGCGCAAGAGAGCUGCGUCUAUCAAGGCCGCCCUUCCUUCUCGGUCUCCUUCACCACCUGUACCUACCUUAAACGCAUCUUCGCACUCAUCAUGGCCCCCGCUUACAUCUAACUUAAAUCAACUUGUAUCGGAUAAUACUUCUUCAGACAACCUUCUUGGCGGACUCUCACACAAUGCUCCCUUCCAUUUUACCCCCAGCAUCGAUGAAGACAACAAUAACCUAUCUCAAGCAGACUUCAAUCGCUUGUUACGCAAUGCUCAACAUAAUAAAUAUGCACCCAAGAUACUGUCUCCAUUAAACCCUCUCAUCAACCCCAUACCCCCUUUCUACCUUACUAUUCAUAAUUCUGUAUAUAACUCUCGUGUAUCGGGCGCCUGCCGCCCUUCUCGCAGGUACCAGGACCUUGGCAAGCCCCGCUCCAGGAGCACCUGCGAUAGCUACUUCCCGGACGAGCUCGAGUCCUGGAGCACUCAUUGCUCGAGCUGCAAGCGUGAUUCCCUCGCGAAGAAGCUUCUUAUCUCCCGGCACUAUCACGCUGUCAGGACGGACGCAUACCGCAAGCCCCCGACUGUGCUCGCACCCUCCGUUAUCUACAGCGAGCCAGAGUCCAUGCUAGUGGGCGAGCAGACGGUGCCGUUUUUCCCGUCCAGCAAUGUUGAUCUCAAGACACCUCCUGGUGGCCCCCUUCUCCGCGACCUGGACGACUUCGACGUUCAUGUCCCCGAAAUCCCCGAUGAAGACCUGUUCGGCUCCAUCCCGCACACGGUCCACGGACGCCUGUUCUAA